CACUAGCGAGCUGCUAUUAAUUUUCUGCAGAUGGCAUUAAUUGGGUUGCAGCCCUCAUUUUUUCUGUAUCCAUAAAACAAACCAUAUAUGUCGUUUGUCAAUGCUUUAGAGUGCUGGAUCAUUUGUGAACUUUUUUUUGCUUUCAAUUGAUUAUUUACUUGGAUGACUUAGAGUUGUCCAGGAUUCACAUUUGAGAAUGAUGAAGGUCUUUGGAGCUCAGGUUCAGGAGGGAAGGAAAGGCCAGGAUGGGAAACCAUCAGUUGGUCCAGUGUAUCGCAAUUUACUCUCCAAGAAUGAUUUUCCUCCACUUGAUCCCAAUAUAAGUACAACUUGGGAUGUCUUCAGUAAAUCUGUAGCGAAGAAUCCUGGAAAUAGGAUGCUUGGGUGGCGUAACUUUGUUGAUGGGAAGCCGGGGCCUUAUGCCUGGAAAACGUACAAGGAAGUUUAUGAUGAAGUUCUGCAUAUUGGUUCUGCAUUACGAGCAUCUGGUGCUGAGCCUGGCUCCCGGGUUGGGAUUUAUGGAUCAAACUGCCCUCAAUGGGUUAUGGCUAUGGAGGCUUGCAAUGCCCAGAGUUUGGUUUGUGUGCCUCUCUAUGAUACCCUUGGGACAGGCGCAGUCAACUUUAUUCUACAGCAUGCAGAGGUUGAUUUUGUUUUUGUUCAGGAUAAGAAAGUGAAAGAACUACUAAAUCCUGAUUGUAGAUCUGCUCAACGGCUGAAAACCAUGGUGUGCUUCACUUCCUUGACAGAGGAGGAGAAGAGUAAGGCAGCUGGCAUUGGGGUAAAACCAUUCUCAUGGAAUGAGUUCCUCCAUAUGGGAAAGGCAAACCCCUCAGAGAUUAUUCCGCCUCAGGAUUUCCACAUUUGCACAAUUAUGUACACGAGUGGCACAAGUGGAGACCCUAAAGGCGUUGUGUUAACACAUGAAAACCUUACAAGUUAUAUAAGAGGGACUGACAUUUUUUUGGAACAAUUUGAAGACAAGAUGACAGAAGAUGAUGUGUAUCUUUCUUUCCUACCCCUGGCUCAUAUCCUUGACCGUACGAUUGAAGAGUAUUUUUUCCAUAGGGGUGCUUCUGUUGGCUACUAUCAUGGGAAUCUUAAUGCAUUGAGGGAUGAUAUGAUGGAGCUGAAGCCAACACUUCUUGCUGGGGUUCCUCGAGUUUUUGAAAGGGUGCAUGAAGGUAUAAAAAUUGCAUUGCAAGAACUCAAUCCAGUAAGGAGAAAAGUUUUUGACAUUCUCUACAGAUACAAACUUGGUUGGAUGAAUUUAGGCUUCAAACAGAAAAAUGCAGCACCAUUAGCAGAUCUAUUGGCAUUCAGGAAGGUCAAAGCCAGAUUAGGUGGUCGGAUUAGACUAAUAAUUUCUGGAGGUGCACCCUUGAGCGCUGAGGUGGAAGAAUUCUUGCGGGUUACUUGCUGCGCCCUUGUAGUCACAGGCUAUGGGUUGACAGAAACUUGUGGAUCAACUACUCUUGGAUUUCCUGAUGAGAUGUGCAUGAUUGGUACGGUUGGUACUGUUGGUGUGUACAAUGAGCUGCGCCUGGAGGAGGUUCCGGAGAUGGGCUACAAUCCGCUCGGAGAGCCGCCAUGUGGUGAGAUAUGCGUGAGAGGGAAGACUGUCUUUGCUGCUUACCACAAAGAUCCUGUAUUAACAACAGAAUCCAUUAAAGAUGGCUGGUUUCAUACAGGGGACAUAGGUGAACUACUUCCAAAUGGAGUUUUUAAGAUUAUUGAUAGAAAGAAGAAUCUUAUAAAACUUUCUCAAGGAGAGUAUGUUGCACUUGAGUAUCUGGAAAAUAUUUAUGGUAUUAUUCCAAUUGUUGAAGAUAUCUGGAUCUAUGGGGACAGCCUUAAGUCCAAGCUGGUUGCAGUGAUUAUACCACAAGAAGAAAACACCAAAAAGUGGGCAUAUUCAAAUGGCCAUGUGGGUUCUUUCUCAGAAUUGUGUUCCCUUGAUCAGCUAAAGAAGUAUGUGCUCUCUGAGCUCAACUCUACUGCUGAGAGAAACAAGCUGAGAGGCUUUGAGUAUAUCAAAGGAGUCAUUCUAGAACCCCGCCCCUUUGAUAUGGAAAGAGAUUUGAUAACUGCAACAAUGAAGAAGAAAAGAAAUAAAUUGCUUGCACUGUAUAAGGCACAAAUUGAUGAGCUCUACCAGAAUUUGACUGGAAAAUAACCAUGCAUUAAGGUUUCAAGACCAAGUACUUGGUCUGCUGGUGUAAUUUCUCUGCUUAUAAAUAUGGAUGGAGUGUGAAACUAUGUAAUUUCUCUGCUUUUCCUUCACCUGUUAGCUGUUGGAUUUCUUCAUAAGAUUAACUUAUUUCCCAAAAUUGCCUAGUUGCUCAAUCCAAUCAUCAAAAUGCUAUUAUAUUA